GCUUUUUGGACAAACGUAAAAAGCCAUUAAUGUUUAAACCCAAAAAUGAGUAAACUAUUCAAGAACACGACACAACCACCUGCCUAAUUAAUGCCCAGUUUUCAAUACUAGGAGGAAAAAGACAUUCUUUUUCUCUGCAUUUUCUCACUCACUCAGAACUCAAGCACCCCACCUGAUUUUUUGAGUUGUUCUUCUCAUGUUGGUCUCUUACAGUCUCAUGAAUGAUUAAUCAUUAAUCUCUUUAAUGUGUAAAGUUACAAUCUUGGCCUGCCUUUUUCCUUUGUAGUGUUCUAUGUUCAUGAAUGAUUAAUCACUAAUCCAUUUGCUGCGUAAAGGCUCAUAUCAUCCAAUUGAAGGCCAUUUAUCAUGGUUUUGGGAUUGAACGCUAGAACUAGGAAUAGCACCUCGGUUCAAGUCGAUUAUCUAAUCCAUAUAAAGGAAAUUAAACCUUGGCCACCCUCGCAGUCACUGAGCACACCCCGUGCCGUUCUUAUCGAAUGUCAACAUGGUGAUAAGCACUCUGGAUCUACUAAUCAAGUUGUGCCAUCGUUUGGAAGAAUUGAAUUCAAUGAGUCUUUUAGACUUCCCGUGACACUACUAAGGGAAACUUCCGUUAAAGGCGGAGAUGGUGACACCUUCCAAAAGAACUGUGUCGAAUUCCACUUGUAUGAACCCCGACGUGAUAAGACUGUGAAAGGUCAACAUUUAGGAACAGCAAUUAUUGACUUGGCAGAUUAUGGUGUUGUUAGAGAGAGUUUGAGAAUAUGUCCCCCGAUUAACUGCAAGCGAACUUACAGGAACUCAGCACAACCGCUUCUUUUCCUGAAAAUUCAGCUAGGUGAGAGGAGUCGCGUUAGGCCAUCGUUGAGGGACAGCUUAAAAAGAGAAGCAUCAAUGGACCGAAAUGGCUCUCUUUCUAGAUUACUGAGUAAAGAAUAUGAAGAGGAAGCUGAGUUUGCUUCGUACACUGAUGAUGAUGUUUCGUCGCACUUAUCAUUGACUGUUUCUUCUUCAGCUAACGGAUCAAACUAUGGAUCGCCACCUCAAGGAGAGGAUAGAUCUGAGGGAGCAAAAAGUAGCCCUGGACAAGAUGAAGAUGUCCAAGAUGACAAGAAAAGGCUUGUGGAUAUUGAGAAAAAGCAAGGGACAAUAUCUCCUUCUAGAUUGCAUGGAAGUUUGUCACACUCGUCAACUAAUUUAUCUUCUGAUCUGACUUGGAUCUCAAAGAAAAUUGGUAGUUCUAGUAGCAUCCCUCAGUAUUCAACAUCUAAUGUGAGUGAUAUGACCGAGGACACUCAGAAUACCUGCAUGAUAAUCAAGCAUGACAAACAAGUACGAUGUGUGGAACAAAUAGCGGCCAGUGGUGAAACUGGUAGUGAAAUAUCCAGUUGGCAGAGCUCUGAGGAAGGCUUGGUCGAUGCUCAUCCAGCUGACACAGAUAGUAAUUUCUCCGACUGUGAAAUUGAAGAGCACACUAUAAAUCCAUCUCUAAAUGGACUGUGUGAUGAUGCAAGAACUGCGGUUCCCCAAAAUGGUUCCGUUGAAGGUGAAAACAGUAAGAAUCAUCCGCAAAACGGACAACAUUGUCGUUCUCAUAAUGGAGAGCAACACCAGGAGAAUGAACAAGUAAAAGAAACUUUGGAAAAUGAAGGGCAAUGCAAAAAGGAUGAGUCAGGCAGUUGCUAUUCUGAAGAGCAUACUAUAAAACAUGACUUGAAGGAAACUGAUGAAAUUUCUGCCUACAGGGAAAGUUCUGGAGCAAAUUGUAGUACUCCGCAUAACGAGAUAUUAAAGCAUGAAAUGUCAGUCAGGUCAUCACCAGAAUCAAAUAUUGAUGGAUUGGUCGUGAGUUAUCAGCUUCUAGUGAAAGAUACUCCAAAAGGUGCAAGAGGUUUUUCAAGCAGUGAAAGGAAAGAUCAAAAAGUGAGUCCUAGGGAUACAACAAAUAUUCUUUUGGAAAGCAAAAUCCAUAAGCUGGAGCAAAGAGUAAAAAUGCUUGAAGGAGAACUGAGAGAAACUGCUGCUAUUGAAGUUGGCCUUUACUCAGUUGUUGCAGAGCAUGGUUGUUCCAUAAAUAAAGUCCAUGCUCCAGCUAGACGCCUGUCUAGGUUCUAUGCCUGUAAGGAAAAUUCUGUAUUGAAAAGGGGAAGUGCUGCUAAAAGUGCUAUCUCUGGAAUAUAUUUGGUUGCAAAGGCAUGUGGAAAUGAUGUUGCUAGGUUAACUUUCUGGCUAUCGAAUUCAGUGAUGCUGAGAGCAACUAUAACCAAAUUCCAUGAGCAACAACAAUUACCUCCUUCUGCUGAAACUAUGCCUGAAAAAGCUGUUGUCAAGGACGAGAAGAAGAAAUUCUCUCCACUUAAGUGGGAGUCUUACUCCAACAAUGAUGUCAGCGAUGACGUUUGUGAGAGUUUAGGCAAUUGGGAGGACCCUGUUACAUUUAUAAGAGCACUUGAGAAAAUAGAGGCUUGGAUAUUCUCGCGCAUCAUUGAAUCUAUUUGGUGGCAGACUCUCAUUCCACAUAUGCAGUCUGGUGCUGCAACAGCAAUCUGUACUGGCAUGGGGUCUGAGAUAAACAGUGCUCGCAGUAGGACGUCUAAAUCAGUUGCUGAAGAGCAUGGAAAUACUUCUUUGGAUCUUUGGAAGAAGGCCUUGAAAGAUGCCCUUGAAAGGAUUUGCCCCGUUAGAGCUGGAGGACAUGAGUGUGGCUGUUUGCAUUUGCUCUCUAAAUUGAUAAUGGAACAAUGUGUGGCUAGAUUGGAUGUGGCUAUAUUCAAUGCUAUCCUUCGAGAGUCUGCUGAUGAGAUGCCUUCUGAUCCUAUAUCAGAUCCCAUCAGUGAUGCUGAGGUGCUUCCCAUUCCAGCUGGAAAAGCAAGCUUCGGGGCAGGUGCACAACUGAAAAAUGCGAUAGGGAACUGGUCCAGAUGGCUCACUGACCUUGUUGGCAGCGGUGAUGCCAACUUAGUAGACGAUGAAAAUAGAGUAGAUAAUGAAGAUGAUGGGAGUGAAUAUGAUUCCUCUUCCGAGUUUUUCUAUCUCCUUAACGCACUGAGUGAUCUUAUGCUGCUUCCAAAGGAUAUGCUGUUAAGUAGGACAAUAAGGAAAGAGGUCUGUCCCACAUUUGGUCCGAUCAUAAUAAGAAGGGUUCUUAAUGUUUUUGUCCCGGAUGAGUUUUGCCCUGAUCCAAUACAUGAAGUUGUACUUGAAGCUCUUAACUCUGAGGAUACUUUUGAUGGCGAAGAAGAUUCUAUCAUGAGCUACCCAUGCACAGCAGCUCCUAUAGCAUAUAAGCCACCUUCAGCAGCUUUAGUUGAUGGUCUAUUAGGUGACGUUAGUCGCCAUUCUAAGCUGAGACGAAGCGGAUCUUCAGUGCUCAAGAAGUCAUACACAAGCGAUGAUGAACUCGACCAACUGGAUUUGAACUUUAUCAUUUCUAAGGGCAUUGUAACUUCACCUCUUGUAAAAUCCAGUAGGAUAUCAGAAGCUAGCGGAAAUGGAAAUGCUGUUAGGUAUCAACUCCUUCGGGAGGUUUGGAUAAACAGUGAAUAAUAUGAUUUUGAUCUGUACAUGCUCCUUUAAUGAAUGAACUUGAUAAAGUGAAAAAGAAUCUGUGCCUUC